AGAGGGAGAGGGAGAGCGAGAGCAAGUUUUUUAAAUAUUAGAAAUUGGGCAAGUUCAUUUUGUCAAAUCCAAGUUUUUCAGAAUCUUGAGUUUUACCAUUGCAGCAGUUAUGGUCAGCUGUUUCCUUUGAUGUAACAGCCCCCCUGGCUUGCAUACAAGGCAGCGCCUGCCAGGUGCCUGUCUGAGUGGCUAUAGUUGGCCAGCAUUCUUUCAGGUGAAACGACCAGGAACAGCCUCUUUGUCUCACCACUCGUUCCAUGCAUGUGGUUCCUUGAAGGAGCCACCUCACUUUGGUAUGCAGCAGGUGCAUUCUGCAUGCUUCCCACGCCCUCACAGCACGUGGAAACAUCUGCUCAGGGUGAGACUUAACAAAAUGCUCACUUUGUCCAGCAUCUUUUUUUUUUUUUUUUUUUUUUGAGACGGAGUAUUGCUCUCAUCACCCAGGCUGGAGUGCAGUAGCACGAUCUUGGCUCACUGCAACCUCUGCCUCCUAGGUUCAAGCGAUUCUCCCCGGGAUUACAGGAACCCACCACCAUCCCCAGCUAAUUUUUGUAUUUUAGUAGAGACAGGGUUUCUUCAUGUUAGUUAGGCUGGUCUCAAACUCCUGAUCUCGUGAUCCGCCUGCCUCAGCCUCCCAAAGUGCUGGGAUUACAGGCGUGAGCCGUCAUGCCCGGCUGUCCAGCAUCUUCUGAAGUGAAGCUGGGGUGUUUGCUUUUGGUCUGUGAGGAAUGUGACAGCAGUGACUUGUGGGCAGGGAUGCACUGGCUGCAGCUUCCACGGGCACUGGGCUCUUGCCAGCUGCCAAUGCUGCACCUUCAGUGCAAGCCUCAAUGAAGCCAAAAACGGAAAUCACGGCUGAGUGCUCUUAGGAAAGGGUCUUCACCUUGGGCUACUCUGGAGAGGUUCAGGCAACCCAAGGGCCUCUGGACCACUGUGUCAACCUUCCCGCCUGCAUAAUCCUGAAGGUAAUGGACAUACAGAAUCUGUUCUUUCCACGGGGUCCUGUGAGAGAACAAAAGGGGGACUCAGUGUAGAUGUUCCACCUGGAGAAGGGCUGGGACUAGGCCGGGAGGUUUCUAUGUGGACUUGAAGCCCCCAGGAUGAGUCUGGGCAGGAGCUGGGGUGGAGGGGAGGCCAGUGCUAACAUCUUGAGAGAAUGAGAGGGAGUGUUCUGGAAGGUGGAAGCUGAAAGUGACCUACAGGGGUCAGGGUGGAGUCUGAGCAGACAGGACUAGCCUCUGUGGAAUAGAGGCUCACACAAGGGAGGGCAGAAGGAUUUGAAAGCAGCACUGGAGAGCAUGACGUUGAUAGUUCGCAUCUCUUCCUUCCCAGGAAUUACCUGCCUUAUUUAUACUUCUUGUCAUAUUACAUUGGCUCAGAGCAUCAAAACAGUGUUCGUUAAUCACAGUGCUCUUGUUCCAGAUCGUGAUGGGGGCUGCUCUGGUUACUCAUUUUUGACCGAGUGUGAAUUGACAGCUUCUCCAUUAUAUUGGUGAAACAUCCAUCUGUUUACAUAGUUUUCUUCUUCUUUUUUAUUUUUUAUUUUGAGACAGAUUCUCACUCUGCCACCCUGGCUGGAGUGCAGUGGUGUGAUCUUGGCUCACUGCAACCUCCACCUCCCGAGUACAAGUGAUUCUCGUGCUUCAGCCUCUCGAGUAGCUGAGACUACAGGCGGGUGCCACCAAGCACAGCUAAUUUUUGUAUUUUUAGUGGAGACGGGAUUUCGCCAUGUUGCCCAGGCUGGUCUCGAACUCCUGGCCUCAAGUGAUCUGCCUGCUGUAGCCUUCCAAAAUGCUGGGAUUACAGAGCAACGACAUGCCCUUUGAUGAGCUGCUUGCGCUCUAUGGCUACGAGGCGUCAGACCCCAUUUCAGACCGGGAGAGUGAGGGUGGUGACGUGGCCCCGAACCUCCCAGACAUGACCCUGGACAAAGAACAAAUAGCGAAGGAUUUGCUUUCAGGGGAAGAAGAGGAAGAGACGCAGUCGUCUGCUGACGACCUCACCCCGUCCGUGACCUCCCACGAGGCCCCCGACCUCUUCCCUGACCGGAGUGGAUCUCGUUUCCUGGCUGAUGAAGACAGAGAGCCUGGCUCUUCUGCCUCCUCCGACACCGAGGAGGACUCUGUUCCUGCCAACAAAUGUAAGAAGGAGAUCAUGGUGGGACCUCAGUUCCAAGCUGACCUCAGCAACCUACACUUGAACCGGCACUGUGAGAAGAUCUACGAGAACGAAGACCAGCUGCUCUGGGACCCCAGCGUCCUCCCUGAGAGGGAGGUGGAGGAGUUCCUGUACAGGGCGGUGAAGCGGCGUUGGCACGAGAUGGCCGGGCCUCAGCUCCCAGAGGGAGAAGCCGUGAAAGACAGUGAGCAGGCACUGUACGAGUUGGUGAAAUGCAACUUCAAUGUGGAGGAGGCCCUGCGAAGGCUGCGGUUCAACGUGAAGGUGAUCCGAGAUGGGCUCUGUGCUUGGAGUGAAGAGGAGUGCAGGAACUUUGAGCACGGCUUCCGUGUGCAUGGAAAGAACUUUCACCUGAUCCAGGCCAACAAGGUGCGCACACGGUCAGUGGGCGAGUGUGUCGAGUACUACUACCUGUGGAAGAAGUCGGAGCGCUACGACUACUUCGCCCAGCAGACGCGGCUGGGCCGGAGGAAGUACGUCCCGUCCGGAACCACGGACGCAGACCAGGACCUGGAUGGCAGCGACCCCGAUGGCCCCGGCCGUCCGCGCCCGGAGCAGGACACCCUGACUGGGAUGCGCACAGAUCCACUGAGCGUGGAUGGCACGGCCGGUGGUCUCGAUGAGCCCGGAGUGGCCUCUGAUGGACUCCCGUCCUCGGAGCCAGGGCCGUGUUCCUUCCAGCAGCUGGAUGAGUCCCCCGCUGUACCCCUGUCUCAUCGGCCCCCAGCCCUGGCCGACCCAGCCUCAUACCAGCCAGCUGUCACUGCUCCGGAGCCGGAUGCCAGCCCAAGGCUGGCCGUGGACUUCGCCCUGCCCAAGGAGCUGCCCCUCAUCUCCAGCCAUGUGGACCUGAGCGGGGAUCCGGAGGAGACUGUGGCCCCUGCACAGGUGGCUUUGUCGGUCACCGAGUUUGGACUCAUCGGCAUUGGGGACGUGAACCCCUUCCUGGCCGCCCACCCCACGUGCCCGGCCCCCGGGCUACACUCGGAGCCCCUGUCACACUGUAACGUGAUGACCUGCUGACUCCUGGCCGCGGGCGGCGUAUGCGGCCCAGACUGGACUUAGCGCUGCCGCUGGGCCCGCCUCUGUCAGUCUUCCUGACCCCUUCCCCACCCCCUGGGCCUUGGGGUAGCACCUCCUUCUGCUUCAGAACACAUCAGGACUGGGGUGAGGUGGCUGGGCCGUGAGCCCUUGCCCCUGUCCACACAGAAUGGACCCAUGGCCACACCCAGCGCCGUCAGCGCCCGGCACUGCCACCCGGGUCCGGGCCGCUGCCUGCACGUGGGAUCCGUCGGGCAGCCGGGGACAGAAAAGACCCUGCCCUUGGGACGCAGGGCAGAGCCGGCCACCUAGUCCCUUCCAGCCAGCAGAGGCGAGGGAAGGCGUCACUGCCCCAGCGGGGAGACGGGCAGGACGCCCUGCCCCGCACCAGCAGCCUCCGCCGGGGCGCCCUCAGCUCCCUGCUUGGCUCUGUCUCUCCACACCCAGCAGGGCCGCGGGCUGCCCCAGCCCUGGGGGUCGUGGGCAGCUGCUACUCAGUGCCAACCCCGUGGGGCACAGAGCCAUAUACCUCGCUGUCCGGCCCCCACCCCAGCCUCGCCUUCCCACCCCAUUGUCUCCACUUCAGGAAAAGCCGCACUUUACACCCCCACCUGCCUCUUCCCCCUCCAUCCCUGCUCCCCGAUCCUGAGCGGUUGGGGUGGGGUCCCUCAGCAACCCCAGGCGUGGGUUUGAGGAGACAGGUGAUUUACAUCCCCCUUUGCUGUCCUCCCCCGGUACCAAGGCAGGGAGCCUCCGGAGGAGCCGGCCUUGCUGGCCACGCAGGGGCCAGACUCCAGCCUGUUUCCCCAGCCCUGCAGGUCUUCCUUCUGUGGGAAGCUUCCUAGCAAGAUGGCUUGGAGUCCUGGUCCCCCUCCUCCCCGGCCCCCUCGUUCGUUUCUGUUUCUGUUUACACGUUGGAGUGGGGUCCUCCGUGGGCGGCGGCGCGCCCUGCCCCGGGUGUCGUCCAGCCUCUUGUGCUCGAGCCCCUUUCCGAGUUGGACUCGACCAUCCCUCACCCCACCAAGGACCACACUGUGAAGUGAUAACUGCCUUGAACCCCCCUUUGCUGUUUUAUUUAUUAAACUUGAUUUGAAGCCCGG